AUUUUACAUUCUCACCUACAAUUUACAAAUAUUUCUAUAUUUUCUAUUUUUAUUCUUUUCCAACUAACUUGGGUAUAAUCUCUCCUCAAUUAGACCCCUUUCCAUAAUACCCAAAAAUAAUACAAAAAAUAAUACUUCUCUCGAAGAGACCGUCUUUCACGAUAAUUUGUGAAAUAAUACUCUUAAUUUUCCAAAAAUUCAAAAAAAAUGAUGGCUUUUAACAAGCCCCAUUUCCUGAGAUUCUUGAAUUGGAGGAAAGAAAAAAGGGUGAUUAGAGGAAUAAUGGGAAGUCGUAGUGUUUUGGAGGAGAUGACUCAAGGAUCCAACAGUGUUGCUGGUGUUAAGGAUUUCUAUGGUGAGGAUUCUGCCACCGAGGAUCAGCCUGUUACUCCUUGGGCCUUUUCUGUUGCUAGUGGAUUUACAUUGCUGAGGGAUCCCCAUCACAACAAAGGGCUUGCAUUUACAGAUAAAGAAAGAGAUGCUCACUACUUACGCGGUCUAUUACCUCCGUCUGUUCUAUCCCAGGAGCUCCAGGAAAAGAAGUUUUUGACCCUCCUUCGUCAAUAUCAAGUUCCCUUGCAUAAAUACAUGGCCAUGAUGGAUCUUCAGGAGAGGAACGAGAAGCUAUUUUAUAAGCUUCUUAUCGACCAUGUAGAAGAACUGCUACCGCUUGUGUAUACUCCAACUGUUGGUGAGGCCUGCCAAAAGUACGGAAGUAUUUUUAGACGCCCUCAAGGUCUUUUCAUUAGCUUAAAGGAUAAGGGGAAGAUUCUCGAGAUUUUGAAGAACUGGCAUGAAAAAGAUAUUCAAGUUAUAGUCGUAACUGAUGGUGAACGUAUUCUUGGACUAGGAGAUCUUGGCUGUCAGGGAAUGGGCAUACCCGUUGGAAAACUUUCGUUGUACACAGCACUUGGUGGAGUUCGCCCUUCAGCAUGCUUGCCUAUAACCCUUGACGUUGGCACAAACAAUGAAGAUCUUUUGAAUGACGAGUUUUAUAUUGGAUUGAGACAAAAGCGGGCUACAGGGUCGGAAUACGCUGAGUUUGUUCACGAGUUUAUGUCUGCUGUUAAGCAAAACUAUGGGGAGAAAAUCCUCAUACAGUUCGAAGAUUUUGCAAACCAUAAUGCGUUUGAACUGCUGGAAAAAUAUCGCACUACUCAUCUUGUCUUUAACGAUGACAUUCAGGGUACUGCCUCUGUGGUUCUUGCAGGGCUUAUUGCUUCGUUGAAGCUUCUGGGAGGAAACUUGGCUGACCAUACGUUCCUAUUCCUUGGCGCUGGUGAAGCUGGAACCGGUAUUGCAGAGCUUAUAGCACUUGAGAUGUCGAAGAAGACAAAUUCUCCAAUCGAAGAAAUGCGUAAAAAGAUCUGGCUUGUCGACUCCAAGGGACUUGUUGUCAGCUCUAGGAAGGAGUCGCUUCAAUCAUUCAAGCUGCCGUGGGCUCAUGAUUUUGAACCAGUCACAACUCUUCUAGAGGCAGUUCAGACAAUCAGGCCCACUGUGCUGAUUGGUACUUCUGGUAAAGGAAAGACAUUUACUAAGGAGGUGGUUGAAGCUAUGUCAUCUAUCAAUUCGAAACCUCUUAUUCUGGCUCUAUCAAACCCUACCUCACAGGCGGAAUGUACAGCCGAGGAGGCCUACAAUUGGAGUCAAGGGAAGGCAAUAUUUGCCAGUGGAAGUCCAUUCGAUCCUGUUGAAUACGAAGGAAAAACUUUCGUCCCUGGCCAGGCAAAUAAUGCAUACAUAUUCCCGGGUUUUGGUUUGGGUCUGAUAAUGUGUGGUGCAAUUCGCAUACAUGAUGACAUGCUUUUGGCUGCCUCUGAGGCAUUGGCUUCACAAGUUACUGAGGAGCAUUUAGCAAAGGGACUUAUCUAUCCGCCAUACAAGGACAUCCGAAAGAUAUCUGCUCAUAUUGCUGCUAAAGUAGCAGAAAAGGCUUAUGAACUUGGCUUGGCUGGUCGUCUUCCAAAACCCGAAAAUCUUGUAAAGUUCGCUGAGAGAUGCAUGUACAGCCCUGUUUACAGAAAUUACCGUUGAAUUUCUUGCAGUUUUUUGAGGUUCCUGCAGCUCUUGUUACCCUUAUUGGCUUUUGGGUACUACUAUAUGGUUUUUGUGCAAUUUUGAUCAUAUAUUUGUUAUGAUGUAAUUGUUGAGAAUGUAGUUGAUAAGUUUGUUUGGAAAAUAUCUAAUUAGGUAAUUGUUCAUUAAUUCUAAUACUUUAUGAAUUAGUAGUAUAAUACAAAAAAAUUAUGUAAUAAAUUCUCGAUUAAUAAUCCGAUAAAUUACUAUACUUUAUCAUCAA